UUUGACAUCAGGCGAUGCACGUUGCACACAAUAAAGCUCCGCGGAGUUCAAAGUUAGCGUCAAAAAUAAGUGGCAUGUAACACAGGAAUCGUAACCCGCAGACGAGGAAGUUAUCACUGAGGCACAUUAAAGACUUGUUAUUAGUCACAGUGGAUAUAGCCAGUUUUUGUAUACCGAAGUAUAAUGAAGGUUUCCUGCUGUGACGCUACAACACUGGCGUAACGCGUAUGUUACAAGUGCUCUGAAGGUCACUCUGGGAAUAUUACCAUCCGCGCUGAUCAGCCAACAAUGGAUUGUCGAAGAACUUCAUCAACAUGGCGCUAGCAGAACCUUGGGCAGAUACUAACACAAAGACCCAGCCAGACCCCAAGACACAGACUGAUGGAAAAGAGGAUCUGACGUUCACCUCGGCCGACAUCGAGGAGGCAAACACUGUCAUAGUCAUCGCACCUGACUUCUCCGGGAUGGACAGGUCGGUCUGGGGCAUCUGGUGGCCCGUCCACCAGUACGGCUUCGGUACGCUGUUCCUCUUGCUCUGCAUCUAUGCGCUCUACGCAACUGUCUUGCGCAUCUGCAAGAACCGGGCCGUGGGUAACGGCGCUCGCUCCAGGAAGUCGGUCCAACCUGUCUUCACUUGCAUAAACAUCUUGGUUUUCUUGUUGGGUCUGAGCAAUACCUUGAUGCUCUUUCUGGAUCCUUAUCUCUUCUACCAGAGGAUCCCUUUACUCCUCGGGGUCAUACUCAUCAACACGCCUUACCCUUGCAUGACGUCAGCCUUUGCACUCGUCAACUGGGUACUGAUAUCCAUAUCUCAAAUGCGCAUGACGAGAACGUCGCGUCUGCGCAGUGUGUGGUUCCUGACUGGCGUCAUUAUUGCGCACUUCGCCUUGGUCAUAGGUGCCAGUCUUAUUUUGGUCUUACUUUUCCCCAUCUUAGUCAUAGGCAUCGUCUGCCAUGGUUUCUUUGUCUUGUGGGGUGUGAUUCUCAGCUUGACUUACAUUUACAGCGCCUGGAAGAUCAUGAGCACAGAAAAACACAACCGUAAGACACUCUAUGACAUCUCAGUCCGAGAUGGGAGCACCAUAGAUGGUAACGGCUCAUUCAAAACGAAUGCCGGCUCGAUAAUCUCGGGAAAGAUUUCCCAAGGACUCACGUCGAUGUUCACAAAAAGUGCUCGGCAAAGGGAACUCGACACCAGUGACAUUAAGCCCGUGUUCUCGAUUGGUCAGGCUGGCAAGAUCCAGCACCCUGUUGCGCCGAUGCCAUCAACGAUUGCUGAUGGUGAAGUUGAAUCGCACAUCACUACCCUUGAUACCUUAAGUGAAGAAAGCCCCGACUCUCAGAAUCAAGAAAAAGUUGACGAGGCAAAUGAGAAUGGGACUGAGUCAUCCCAACGCAACGAUGAGGGCCAGAAAGAGUCUCCGCGAAACGGCGGUGUGAACAGAGACUACACCACCAGGAGUAAUGUGUCUAAAUGUACUACCCUGAAGCAGACAACUCACCAGUCUAGUAAGAGUACCCGUUCGACAUCUGUGAAACUUGGUGGGAAAAUUGAGAGGCAGUCUGGCAGUAAAAUAUCUGGUUCCGGCCGACCACAAAAGUCAACCCAAAAGGUGUUUCGUAUUUCUGCAAUCACGGCUGUGUUGGGUAUCGCUGCAGCAGGGUUAGGCUUGUAUGGUAUUCUAGGCCUAAUGAUAGCCAGCGCCGCCAACCAACCUACCGAGUGGGGCUGGUAUGCUUUCCAGACGUGCUUCAGGUUUGUGGAGCUCGGUAUGGGAUGUACCAUGGCUUACUUCACAACACAGCCCUUCCCUCGUCGACGUCAACGGUAGAUGUUAGGUGGAUCUUAAGUCCAUGGAAAUGGAAACAGUAACUUGUACAGAAAAUGAAAUUCAUCGGCUUUAUUUUAAAGAAAAUGUCCUGGCAAUGUCUCACACUUUCUUUGCUGAAUGAAAUGAAAGUGUGGAGAAUCUUCCAACAGGAAGAUGGAAAAACCAUCAUAAAUGUGUGCAUGCGCAUAAUUGAUUGUGGAAAUUAAGUACCUAUGGUCACAUGACCAAGCACCAGCAAAGUCCUUACUAUUCCAGAUUUUCUUGCAGUAGUACCUGAAUGGUUAGAAAUUAAUGCAUCGACUUCGAGACAGCAACCGAAAAAUAUGCAGGAGUAAUGGUACUGGUAGCAACAAUAGACCUUUCACUAAUAAAUUCAUAAUUAUGCACCCAUGCGCACAAAUGGCCUUGGCGGUAAGAAGUGUGAGCGGCUCAUUGAAAAGGUACACAGUUACGACUUUGAUUAUUAGUUUCUCUCAGGUUUUCUGGCUGU